CAAUGGGUAACCAAAUGAGCGUUCCACAAAGAGUUGAAGACCAAGAGAAAGAACCAGAAACGGAGGCUUAUAAGGCAUCCGACAGCACGUGUGAUCAGAAUGGGAUGCCAGUGAUCAUAUCCACCCACACUGUUCAGCUCUACGAUGAAGUGGAUCUGGGAAUAAGCGUGCAGGAGGAUAAUGUGACCACUUCUUCCCCCAAGACAAUGGAGAUGGGCGCUGUGGCCGAUGCCAACGGAAAGAAUCUUGGGAAAGAGGCCAAACCCGAGGCACCAGCUGCUAAAUCUCGUUUUUUCUUGACUCUCUCUCGGCCUGUACCAGGACGUACCGGAGACCAAGGCACGGAUUCAUCCAGCGGACCCGCGAAGCUUGAUGUCAGCUCCAAUAACGCUCCGGGGAACAAAGACCCGAGUGAGGAGCCCGCGCUUCCGGGCGCAGCUGCACCGGGCAGGGCCGCGGAUAAAACCCCAGGGCGGACCCCUGCCCCGGACCAGGCCCUCUCUGCCCCCGGGGCACCCGAGUCAGGGGCGGCCCCCGCCAAGGACACCAGCUUUUUUGACAAAUUAUUCAAACUGGACAAGGGACGGGACAAGGCAGCAGUUGACAUCCAGGAGGAGGCCAGGAGGGCGGAGAGCGAGGACCAGGCGGAGGAGGCCCCCGGAGGCCCGGGGCAGGGCGAUGCGGUCCCUGCAGGGAAGGACCUAGUUGACAGCAAGGAAACAGAAGGACAAGAGGUUGAAACUUUGAAUUGCUCUGUCCCUGGGGACCCAGAAGGACUGGAGAUUGCAAAGGACGACUCCCAGGCAACAAAUACAACAGAGAGUAACAAUUCCAUCAUGAGUUUCUUCAAAACUCUGGUGUCACCUAACAAAGCUGAAACUAAAAAAGAUCCAGAAGAUACGGAUGCUGAGAAGUCACCCACCACUUCGGCCAACCUCAAGUCAGACAAAGCCAACUUCACACCCCAGGAGACCCCAGGGACAGCCAGGAGCCCCAAAGGCUGCAGCCCUUCAGGUGCUGUGCAGCCCUUGACUGGGCCUGAAACCGCCAAGGAAGGCGGCAAGGAGAAGUCAGGACCCACCUCUCUGCCUCUGGGCAAACUGUUUUGGAAAAAGUCAGUUAAAGAGGAAUCAGUCGCCCCAGGUGCAGAAGAAAAUGUGGUGUGUGAAUCACCAAUAGAAAUUACAAAGUUUGAGAAAGUAGACUCAGCCUCACAAACAGUGGAUCUCACUGAAGAAGAAGAUGCUAAGCCUGAACCCACGGAAGUAAAACUCAAAAGAGAAGCCAGCAAGCCGCGGAGGACCUCCCUGAUGGCAUUGCUCAGACACAUGUCAGUGAAAGGGGAUGAAGGGAUCCCGCCCUCAGAAGAAAUAAACGGGAAAGACUCCAGCUGCCAUACGUCCAGCUCCACGGAGAAGCCCGCCACGCCACCAGAGCCCGAGCCCGCGCCCGCGGGGGCGGCCCAGAAGGGCUCAGAGGCCUCCUCCAAGGACAAGAGGCCCGCAGCCGAGACCACCAAGCAGAAGAACAGCAAGCAGGAGGCCAAAGAACCCGCCCCGUGCACGGAGCAGGUCACAGUGGACGCGAACUCGCUGCAGAACGGGGGCAAGUCCCCAAAGAAACUGGAGAAACCGCGACAGUCCCUGGGGGGCUUCCUUAAGGGCCUGGGACCAAAGCGGAUGUCAGAUGCUCAAGUGCAGACAGACCCGGUAUCCAUCGGACCAGUUGGCAAAUCCAAGUGCACAGGGAAGUGUAUCUUCUCCCAUGCCAAGAAGAUGUGGCCUUUCCAGGAACGGCGCUGGUGACCUGAAAUGGCUGCCACCAUGCGCGCACACCCACAGAAACGUGUACACUCUCACACUCUCACAUGCACACACACACAUACAUGCACAAACACACACACACACACACACACACACACACACACACGCUCUGCUUUCCAGUUCCAGCUAACGGUGACUUUUGACUGAUAUCCAUAGAAGAAUUAUUGAAAAAAGCAGCUGUUCCCAGCAGCCCAGGAGGCCCCUUUGAAUCCACCACCUUGGGGAACAAGCAACCCGCCAGGAGCUGCAGCGGAGGGGAGGAAAGAGAGCAGGGAAGUUGGUUGUUUGUACCCCUUUUCUUCAAGCAUGUUGUCAGGGAUGUAAGCACAGUCUGUCUGUCUGUCUCUCCCACAGAGGCUCCCCCCCCCCCUCUCUCACUCUCUCGGCUGCCCUUACUGUUUGCAAAGAGUCCAGAUGUGCUGAGAUCCCAUUAAAUUAGAUUCCAAGAGGCCAGAACAUGUCCCUCUGGAUCCUUCUCAAAGAGCUAGCAAAAGAGCAGAUCUGUGCAGCCAGGAUUUGACAGGGUCAUUUCUUCUGUCAGAUAGUCCCAGCUUCAUCUGAAGCCUUAAAACACAACGUCACCUCUCCUACUGCCCUGAGGGAAAUGUGCCCGUCUAACUUGCUCACACUGGGGGCGGGUGAGGGGCGCUUUGCAGCCACGUGCGGUUGGGGGGCUUGGCUUUCACCAUGCUCUCAAUGCCCCCUUUAAGCCUUUUAAGAAGGCAAUUUUGCACGGUGAGUAGAAUUAGGCUUCUCCGUGGUCAAGAUUUUGUUUGCUCUAUCAGUGAAAAUGAAGAGGCACUGGCCCCCUGGAAAUUACAGGCUGCGUUAGGAAGAAAAGAAAUUAUGAACAGCAGAUUCUGCACAUGGGUAAGGCAGCUCUGCAGCCCAGGCCCAACCUCCCUGCUCCGUCAGGGUCCAGCCCUUAGCAAAAAUUGGUUUUUCUGGGGAGUGUGACUCUUUAGCCUCUGCUGCCCUCUUUGCUCUCCAUCCCCAGGCCUCUAAUUGGCAGAGGCAGAAGCAGCAGCCCAGGCAAUUUCACAGGAGUAAGGGGAACACAUUACAGUUUACAGACUGUUUUCUGAAUGCAUUAUCUAAUUUAAAGCCAAAUGCCCCUAAUUGAAUUUAAUUGCUUCCUUGGUUGCAUUUCAUCAUGGGGGUGACUGGCAGGCGCCUGAGUGAGUUUUGUUGUUGUUUUUCAAAUGAGCACUUCUUGACAAAAUGGCCCCCAGCUGCACCUCUGCUAAUGAUUGCCAGAGAAAGUCUUUCCUUACCCACCGACUGUCCCCAAAUCCAGCCACACGGGGGCACUCCAGGACCUGGGGUCCUACCAGCUCUAGGCGUUUUCCCAAGAUGGCCUAACAAGGAAGUUGGGCCAAAGCAGUAUCCGGAGUGUGUUGCAGAUCAGCUUCUAGAAAGUAGUCAACUUUGAUGAGGACAACCAGGCGAGAAGGCCAAACAGGCAAGUCAUUUGCUUUCUAUGAUUCCCAACCCUCCAAAGGCAAGUGUGUCUCCAUCCUUAUGUGCUCCAUCCUGCAAGACCAAGGCUGUGGGACUGUGAAACAUUUCAGUCACCCUUACUGGUCAUCAGGCCCCACAGAGCCACCUUGCCUCCCACCCUCCACACCUGUUGUCGUGAGCUGGGAGAUGGUUCCAGCCACUUGGUGCAGUGGUGGGCACGCUGACAGGCACGCUGGGGGGCACGCAAGGAGCAUUUAGUGAGAGCACCUCUACCAGAGGGUGCUUUAGUGCCAAGUAACAGAAAGCCCCAAGUCAAAUUAGCUAAUACGAUAAUAACAACGAAGAUCUGGAUUAUUUCACAUAUAGGCCUUGGGUAACAGCCUUGGCUUUGACUAUCUGAGACUCUGUGCUGGCUGAUGGCAACCAUGAGGAGACACAACAUUACCUGCAACAGGUGUCAGGUCACAGUCUGACCCUGGUUCUCUGAGGCUCUGCCUUGUUGUAUGGGUUGACUUCAUCCUCAAACUAGUGGCCGAGCGACGGCUGCUGUUCCAGGCAAGGGGAGUGGGGGGUCGAUAUUGUCAGUGUCAACUAACCGUUUUGGUGAACGCGUGCUGUCCUCCAUACCGGUAUUUUUAAGGUGAGCCAUUUCCCAACAAAUCACCCCUUUUCAAUUCAGAUUGAUAGGCCCUGGGUAAUUAUGAAGCUCCUCUCUCCAAAGCAGGGGAUGGGGGGCCUUCUGGCUCAUCUCAUGGAUGGCUCUGUUCUGGUCUGUGUCUAGCACAAUGCCUGGAGUAGUAGAUGCUCAAUAAGUGCUGGCUGCAUGGAUAAAUUGAUAAAUAAAUAUUCCACAGAGACUUCCUGCUUCAAGCAGGUUACCUUCUAUUGUUGUAUGAGCAUAUUUUAGCUCCAAGUGCUGCUCAUUCUCAUCAGAUACCCACCUCCACAGGUGGCCAGCCCAGUGGCUCUCUAAGUGUGCUUCCAGGUCAGCAGGAUCCGCCUUACCUGAGAUGGUGUUAGGAAUACAGAUUACAAGCCCUACCCCAGAUCCACAGGAUCAAGAGCUCUCGGAGUGGGACCUGGUCUCUGUCUACGGAGCCCUCCCCGUGGUUCUAACGUAGGAGAGACUCUGAAAACCACUGGUCUCAGAGGAGCUGCCACUUCAGUGAGCAUUGGCCCUGAACAUGCACCGAUAACAAAAGCUGGCAUUGAACUUUGCCAUGCCAUGUCCCAGGCAUCGUGCAUCCCACAAAUCUUGUUUACUGAUCAUUUUACAGAUGAAAAAAACUAAGGCUGAGAGAGAAAAAGCAACUUUGCCCAACGUGGAAACCCAUCCUAAGCUCCUAAAGGCCCACUUUCGUGCCUGUGGGAGAGACAGGCCAAAAGAUUAUGGUGUGACGCCAUGGGACAUCGUGGGACCCAGAGGAAGGCACAGCAGAAGACCACCUGGAGGGCACACCUGAGAUGGUGACAGCCAGACUGACAAAGGAUAGAGUCCCCGGAAGAGCAGCAAGUGCUAGAGCAGAGUCCAGAGAGAGCACAGCAAGUAGCUCAGCAAGUCAGAGCACGGCGGGAGGAGAGAGGCGGGAAGCGGCCCAGCCAGAUGCGUCGGGACAUGUAGGAAGGAGUUCAGGGUAAGAAGUUUAAACUGUCUAGGGGCUCGGGAUGUCGCUCAGUGGCCCAGGGCAUGCUGAGCCUGCAGGAGGCCGCGGUUCCCUCCCCAGCAGCACAAGGAAGGAAAAAAGAAAGGAAGAAAAGCUAUCUGCAGAGGGCAAUAGGGAGCCUAGGAAGAGACUUGAGCUGGAGAGUGGCAAAGUCAGGUUUGGGUAGGAUCCAAUCCCAACGACAUUCAAGUAAUAUUCAUCCAGUGGCCUAUCUGCCAGAUGUUGAUUAUAAAGUGAAUCAUUUUCCUUUAAGUUUGUAACCAAUGCUCAGAUCAACAUCUAAGUGGCUUUAGCUCUUAAAAGGACACAUAACUGUUCAUUCCCAAGCGUCAUAAGUGUGGACUUGGAAUUUGGCCUACCCAUCCUCCCAGAUGAUCCACAGCCAGGUCCAAGGCAGUGAAGUCUUGAGCAAGUGGCUUUGCCUCUCGGAGCCUUAGUUUGUCCUUCUCUAGAAUGGGAAUAAUAAAGACACGUCCCUGAGCGAGCGGGCCUCUGAGGGCAGGAAAUGGGAGUCUCUUAGGGAGAGUCCAUAGCCGGCAGCUGACAGGUGCGCAGGAAGCAUUCCUGCCGAGGGUGCAGGUGACAUCUGUCCAGGGAGAACACGGGUUCUCUCUUUAGUGCGUGGGCCCCAAAGCCACCAAGUCUUUAGCUGCCGGGCAGCGAGAGAAAGGAGGAAGGAGAGAAGACCAAGAAAGAGGCCAGUUUCCUCAGGGCUCAUCCUGUUCUGAAGCAGAGAGAAACCUCCGGAGGGUCGUUGGCUUUCCUUGUUAGACCCACUGAGAACAGGAGCCCGGUUGCCAUGGCAGCAGAAGGGGCAGAUGCCCCACCCGAGGGCUCUUUGGCCCACCGCUGAACGCCCAGCAGCCCCGGCGGCUUCCCAGCUCAACGCCCCCAGCCUUCUCGUUCCUUUUUGGUGGCUUUUUGCAGAGGCGGUGGGCUCUUGUUUAGUCCACCUGUGGGGCUUUCUGGAAACAUCUGAGAUUUUGUGCCCGAGGGGCAACCCUCCACCAAAGAGGCAUGGGAAACGUCGACCCCAGGAUUUAUCAGUUCCCAUCUCUCAGGGGGACACACUUGAGGUUCUUCUGGGCCUUCCCACGGGGUCCUCAGCAGGACUGGACACAGCCGCCCCCAGUCGCAUUGUGCUCCCGACCCCACCCUCCCUGCUCUGUGCUUCCUGGGGUCCCCUCCCCAAUAAACAAGUGCAUCCCGU